AUGUUUAGCUCUAAUACAAGUACUCUCAAUCAAAGGGAUAUUUUGCAAGAGGCUGGUGCAAUUAUAUGUGGGGAUUAUGGGAAAUAUCUGGGCCUCCCAACUAUUGUUGGAAGAUCCAAGUAUGGAACGUUUAAGAGCAUAAAAGACAGAAUUUGGAGGAGAAUUCAUAGUUGGAAAAACUCAUUUCUAUCAAGUGCAGGAAGAGAGGUUCUGAUCAAGGCAGUGUUACAGUCUAUCCCUACUUAUACCAUGAAUGUGUUUCAAUUACCAAGGAAGCUGAGCAGUGAGAUUAAUUCUAUGAUAGCAAGGUUCUGGUGGAGUCAUAAAAAGGAAGGCAAAGGUAUUCAUUGGCAGAAUUGGGGUAAAAUGGGGGAAAACAAAAAGGAAAAGUAUUACAGGAAAAGCCAAUUCAUUGAGGCAAAGCUUGGGUAUAAGCCAUCUUUCAUGUGGAGGAGUUUGUUGGAGGCACAAGGUCUGAUCAAAGCUGUUAGAAUUAUAGCUGCUGACUCAAAAGUAAGUUCCCUUGUUCUUGAGGAUAUUCACUGCUGGAAUGAAAGGCUGGUUUGUGAAAUAUUCAGUAGGGAAGAGGCUGCUCAGAUCUGCAGUCUACCUUUGAGUAGGCAUGGUGCGGAUGAUAAAAGCUUUUGGGGCUUCACUAAGGAUGGAAGGUUUUCUGUGAGAAGUGCAUACCACUUAUGCACUGACAUGGAAAAAGUAAGCUAUGGGGAAUGCUCGAUAGGACAGGAACAGAAACAUGUAUGGGAGGGGUUAUGGAGGCUUAAUGUUCCUAACUCUACCAAGCAAUUUGUGUGGAGAGCACUGAAUAAUAUAUUGCCUACAAAGAAGAGCUUGGCCCAGAAGAAUGUGGUUGAGGUUGCCACAUGCCAAACUUGUGGUAUGGAGGAAGAAACAGUAUGUCAUGUCCUAUGGACCUGUCCAGCUACAAGUGAUGUAUGGGCAGAAAGUCAGAGUGGUCUACAGAAGUGGACAUGUGAAGAGAAGGAGUUCUUUUAUAUUUGGGCUGAGAUGCAGUCAAAGUUGCAGAAGACAAAAGUAGAAAAGGUUGCCAUGAUCUUGAAAGGUUUAUGGUUCAGAAGAAAUAGGAUGGUAUUUGAAGGCAAGUUCGAUAGCCCAAGUAAGGUGAUUACUGCUGCUAUAUCAGGUCUCAAGUGUUUUCAAGAAUCUAGACUUGAGGGGAACCAAACCAAGGGGGUAAACAUCCAAAGAAGGAAAGAUACAAAGUGGAAGCCACCAGAUGAAGGUGUAACAAAGGUAAAUUUCGAUGCUGCUAUUGAUAAACUGAAUAACAAAGUUGGGUUGGGUAUAGUAGCAAGGAAUUAUGAGGGAGAGCUUUUAUUCUCAUUAUGUGCCUCAAAGAUGUUUAGUGGAAGUUCAGAUUUGGCUGAAGCUAUUACCUUAUGGAGAGCUAUGGAUCUAGUUGUGGAACUAGAUGGUCGAAAUGUGGUUUUUGAAGGCGAUGUUGAAAGAGUAAUAAAAGGGGUAGCAGGGAAGGGAAUCAUAUGUGCUUCGAUGGCUCAGCUUUUAGAUUGUUGA